CUUGUUAUCCUGGGUACAAAUUUUGGAAAUCCGGAAGACAAGGAGGCGGGUUUCAGUCUCUCUCACACGCGCACAAACCCUUCACUCUUAUCUUCUCACACAAACUCUCGUUCAAAAUCCUGUUUCUACAAAUCCGACCUCAGUUCUAAUGGCGAUUUCUGUGGGUGUUUUCUCAAGCUUAUAUGUGGGCGAUACGGCGUCGUUGGUGAAGUUUUCUCCUGCUACUGUUAGGCUCGUUCCAUCCAACCUGCGCACUGUGCGCACGGUGACUUUAGCUGCCGCGUCGAAACCGGCUACAGAGACCAAGAAGCGCGAGCCGAGAGGCAUAACGAAGCCGCGUCGUGUCUCGCCGGAAAUGCAGGCCUUCCUUGGUGGGGUCACUGAGAUUCCCCGUACUCAAGCUCUCAAGGAGAUUUGGGCUUACAUCAAGAAGCACAAUCUUCAGAUGUGCGUAACGUCUGUUGCUUGUGAAUGGAAUCGAGUAUUUUAUGAUCCAUUUGUGCUUGGAUUAACAUUAGUAUCAGAAAGGAGCAACGCGUGAGGAUGAUGUACAAAGAUCAAAUAUACGGAAACCUUACGGAUGAAUGAAGUUACAAAAUUAAAAGUUCGGAGAUGAGAUGUCAAACAGAACUUGGAGACCAAUUGUGCAAAUUUCGUUAUAUUUUAUUGAUGCCGUAGAAUGCUGUUUUUGCCUCAUUACAUACUUUUGAUUUCAGAAUUGUUCUUCCCAAUAUUUCCUUAUGCAAGUUGAUCAGGUGGCAGGUGCGUAAAUAUCAUAUUUCCACUUGUGAUCUUCCAGACAAGUUUGAGCAAUCUUAGUUCAGUUGGUUUUGUGCAUCAACUGGAAAAAUAAUACAGGAAGAUAUGCCAUAAUAAAUUUUAUAUUGUAUCACGAGUCAAUCUCUUUGGUUUUGGGUCGCCAUGUUGAUUUACGUUUUAAAUAGCUUAUUUGGUUUCUAAUCUGACUUGUGGAAUUGUUUUCUUGCAUUCAAUAUCAGCGUCGGUUCAAGUAUAUGUAUAAUUCAAAUAGUUAACCGGUUAGGCUUUCAUUGCUUAGCUUAGCACUUCCCAACCCCCUUGUUGAAUAAGAAAAGGUGGAAAUGUAUUGUAUGUUUUUCCUCCUCAGUAUUGUACUUGCUGGAAAAAAAUUCAUUUUCCAGUGUUUAAUUCCUUGGUUGUCACCUACAAGAUAUACAACCAACUGUAAGUUUUAUUUAUUACUAUUAUUUUUUUUGAAAUAUAAAUUUGGUGAAACAUGCUUGAGUUGUUUGGGGUUAUUGAUUUAGUUUUCCAAAUAUUG